AUGGGGAGCCCGGCGGGCGCUCCCGCCAAGCGCGCGCGGAGCGAGGGGACCCCCGGCCCCGACCCCCGGGACCCCCGGGACACCGACCGCGGGGACACUGACCCCCGGGUCACCGACCGGGGGGACCCCCGUCUCUGGGACACCGAGCGGCUCUGCCAGCACCUCUCCCGCUGCGGCGUGGGCAACCCCAGCCUGCUGCGCCGCUUCCGAGAGAGCGGAGUCACCGGGAGGAUGCUGCUGGAGCUGCCGGCCUGCGCCCCCGAGGUCACCCGCGUCUGCUGCCCAGCUGAGCACCUGGAAGUGCUGGCCUGCCUGAAGCAGCUGCCUCAGCAGCACAUGGACGUGAUGAAGGUUUUUAACGAUCCUAUUCAUGGGCACAUUGAAAUACAUCCCCUGCUUGUCCGUAUCAUCGACACUCCUCAGUUCCAGCGCCUCCGGUACAUCAAGCAGCUGGGUGGCACUUACUUUGUGUUUCCAGGAGCCUCUCACAACCGCUUUGAACACUCCAUUGGGGUUGGUUACCUAGCAGGAUGUCUGGUUCGUACGCUAAAGGACAGACAACCAGAACUGGAUAUAACCCAGCGAGACAUCCUCUGUGUGGAAAUUGCUGGGCUUUGCCACGAUUUGGGUCAUGGGCCAUUUUCACACAUGUUUGAUGGAAGAUUUAUUCCAAUGGCUCGUCCAGAUUUGAAGUGGAAGCAUGAAACUGCUUCUGUUAAAAUGUUUGAGCACCUUAUAGCUUCCAAUAAACUAGAAGAAGUCAUGAAGUCAUAUGGUCUUGUCCUGGAAGAAGAUAUGCUCUUUAUCAAGGAACAAAUAGGAGGACCUAUAGAUGAAACUGCUUGUGACAAAUCGUGGCCCUACCGUGGUCGAACAAAGGAGAAAAGUUUCCUCUAUGAGAUAGUAGCUAACAAAAAGAACGGCAUUGACGUUGACAAGUGGGAUUAUUUUGCAAGGGAUUGCCAUCACCUGGGGAUCCCGAAUAAUUUUGAUUAUAAGCGACUUCUUCUCUUAACUCGGGUCUGUGAAGUGAAAAACCAGAAGCACAUCUGUACCAGGGACAAGGAAGUUGGAAAUUUGUAUGAAAUGUUCCACACCCGGAAUUCCCUGCACCGGAGGGCAUACCAGCACAAGACUGGCAACAUCAUUGAACUAAUGAUUACAGAAGCCUUUCAAAAAGCAGACAAAUAUUUUGAAAUAAGAGGCUCUGGAGGAAAAGUGUAUCGGAUUUCUACAGCAAUGGAGGACAUGGAAGCCUACACUAAGCUAACUGACAGUAUCUACCUGGAAAUUCUGCACUCGAGUCAUCCCGAACUGGAGGAGGCACGAGAAAUUUUGCGUAAAAUAGAACGACGCGAGUUAUACAAGUUUUUAGGAGAGACUCGACCUGAAACAAAGAAGGAAAUUGUAAAGAGUAAUGGCCUGGCAGAAGGUAUUGCUAAUUCUAAGCCAGAGAAGGAUCCUCCAGACGUGGAGCUAAAGGCUGAGAACUUCAUAGUUGAUGUUAUCAACAUGGAUUAUGGAAUGAAAGAACAGAAUCCCAUUGAUAACGUUCACUUCUAUUGCAAGGCUGAUCCUUCCAAGGCAGUCAACAUCAGUAAAGAACAGGUUUCAAAGUUUUUACCCAUAACAUUUACGGAGCAGGUUAUCCGGGUUUAUUACAAAAGUCAGGAUCCACAUACUAUUUCAGCUGCAAAACAGUACUUUAUUCAGUGGUGUAUGCAGAAUGAUUUCACCAAACCACAGGAUGGUGAUGUUGUUGCCCCUCAUCUGACUCCAAUGAAGAGAACCUGGAAUAAUGUGAGAGAGGAUGAAGACAGGAGAGCCUCAGAACCCAGCUGCAAACAAAGGCUUCCUUUUCAUGAGUAACAUGUUUCUUUUUGGCAUUCUUCAGUCUGCUUCCUCAGAAGAUGAGCAAACCUGAGCAGCAACUCUUCUAAAAGCCAUUUGGAUGGACUGGGAGGAUUCAUGGAACAAUGCAGAAAUGCAUUUACAAUACAGUGUGUUUUAAUGUACAUACUUAAACAAAGUGCAUAUUUUAAAUAGACUUUUAAAAACCAACUUAUUACAACAGAGUAUACUCAGUUCUCAUUUAUUUUAGAAUGUAUUGGCACUGUGUAGCAAGAGUAACUUUAAAGAUUGCAAUUCAUUGUUACCACAAGUUUUUACUGUUCCAUCUAGUCCUGAUCCCUUCUUUAGCUGACUGUGCUGUUGCACGAGCUAGCAGAAAAAAUCCCAGCUCAGAGUUGAUGUUUUUUUUUCAGGAUUGGGGUUUUUCUGGAAUCUGGGGAAGAGAGGGAUAAGUAAGCAUCUGAAAACAUAGUGAGGUAAAGAAGAAAUAACUGAGGAUGGCAUAUUCAAGAAUAGCAAAACAAAUUUCCUUUUAAAAAAAAAAUACGGGAGAGGAAAUGUUUUUUGAUAAUCAGAUAUUAUUUUUCUGGUGUUCAAAAAGCUGGUGGAGAUGCAGGACUUUUGCUAUAAGAAUGACCACAGUUUUUACUGAAGUAACAAUGCAUUGCAGUGCCAUGCAGCCUUUUACUAUUUUAUUGUGUAUUUUUGAUAUACUGAAUGUUAUAUUUUUACUGUCAGAACUGCAAAACCUGCUCAAAACCGUCCCCAGUGUGAGUGGUUGCAGGAGGGCUGAGCCGUCCAGCUGGGCAUGAGUGGGCAGUGCCAGCCAGAGGCUCUGCCCGUCCUGCACCAAGGGACCUUCUUUGUGGAUUACACUGUACUAGGCAGACAGGCCCUUCGGGAAUCCCUCCAUUCUUGGAUCCCUGCCUUGUCCUCCUGAUGGCUGUCCCUGUGUCAUUUUUCUCUCCCUCACAGACCUGUGAGGGUUCUGACAGUUUUCCUGCACUGGCAUCACUGGUGUGAAUGUUGCUGAAUGUCUAUCCCGUUGAACAAGUGACCGAGGAAGACCUUUUUCCUCUCAUCUUUUACUCAGGUCUAAAGGAAGGCUGCUUUCAUUAAAUGAAACCUAAAAGCUCGAAAAUGUCUGCCCUCA